AUGAAGUUCUCACCACCCUGUGCUCUCAUUUUUCUCUGCUCCUUAGUCCCGGCUUUUAUUCGACAUGAAGCCAACUACACUAAAGCAUUUGUCAUAGGGCCACAUCUGGCUGUUCUUUUGCAGCAUUUGUAUUUCACCCAGCCUGCUCGAAAAUUGAUUUCAUACGAAUCGCCGAAACACAGUCGUCUUGUCCUCACAAUAUGCGCUCUUGCAAGCUGCCGUACCACUUCAGAGAACUAUAGCCUAAUAGAUAUUGACAGAGCAUUCCUUGCCACAGCGUUCGGGGAUGACUGUGUGAACGCAAGUAGCUAUGAUAUUCCGGAUAUCUACAUGGCUGGCUUAUCAGGCUCGUGCAGAGCCAAAGAUGGUGUUAUCGACUGCCAAAAAGAUUUUCCACCGUCGCUGAAUUGGGUCAGGCUAUUCGAAGCCGACAUUGCAGCAAAUACAUCAGGGAGCCAAGCCGAUAUACUGGAGCAGUGUAUGGGGCUCAUUGCGGAGAAAAAAGUGGACCAUGCGUUAAACGACAGGCUGGCCACCGCACUAUUCUCCCUCCUUAUUGUUUCGAUUGUCUUCGAAAUCACAGCUCCCGUCAUCGCAACAUUUUUGUCCUCAGCUUUCGGAUACCCGGUCUUCUUCGUCGACUUACUUGAUUGGAUUAUCGACAUGGUGUGCCUUGGGAUUUACGUGGGCAUCUUGAAUCAUGAGGUGGGCCAGUAUAUUCCGCACGCAAGGUUAGGUGACGUAUCAGACAAGGCUAUUCUAGGCGUGGGAUUUUGGAUGCUGCUUACCAUUUUCGGUGGUAGGGCGAUCUCCCAUCCGAUCUUAUUCGUCAGCACUGUGGUGAUUAUAAUAGUGAUCCCACUCAUACCUAUUCUAUUAUUGCUAUACACAUGCCUCUGCCUGCAUGGUCGCGACCGGGUUGUUAGAGACAUGGAACGUGAUCAUAUCUGGGAAUGUUGGUACCGACGAGCAAUUUGGCACCAAAUUCUAUCACAACGCUGA